AGGUUGUUGAGUUUUGUACUAAAACCCUAAAUCAGAGAAUUUAGCGUUGUUUCUUCUUCAAUAGACACAAAAAAUGGGGAGGAAGAGAAAGCACAGCGAGACUGUUACGGCGGCACCGGUGAAGGAUUCUGCUCCGGAGAGACCUCAAAGGACUCUUUUGGGUUGGAAAGAUAAGAAGGAAGAUGCUGAGAACUCUAAACCUGCGUAUGCGUCUGUAUUCAGGAAUAAAGAGAAGGUUCUCGUUACUUGUUCCCGUCGGAUCAAUUUCAGGUAUCGACAUUUGAUGUUGAACAUGGUGUCACUUUUACCUCACUGUAAGAAGGAUAGUAAGGUAGAAGCUAAGAGCAGUAGAGGUGCCACUCUUAAUGAGCUCAUCGAGCUUAAGGGCUCUUCUUCCUGUUUGUUUUUCGAGUGUAGGAAGCACAAAGAUCUUUACAUGUGGAUGGUGAAGUCCCCUGGUGGACCUUCCGUUAAGUUCUUGGUUAAUGCUGUUCACACAAUGGAGGAGCUGAAACUCACUGGAAAUCAUCUGAAAGGUUCACGCCCACUUUUGACAUUCUCAUCCAAUUUUGAAAACGAUGCACACUGGAAACUUCUGAAAGAGAUGUUAACUCAGAUUUUUGGAAUUCCCGAGGGACAUAGGAAGUCUAAACCUUACCAUGACCAUGUGUUUGUUUUCUCCAUUGUUGAUGACCAUAUAUGGUUCCGUAAUUACCAGAUAUCGGUACCUCAUAACGAGUCAGACAAGAUUGCACGAGGCGAUCUGGAUAAAAUGACUCUUAUUGAGGUUGGUCCAAGGUUUUGUUUAAAUCCAAUUAAGAUAUUUGGAGGCAGCUUUGGAGGUACAACGCUUUACGAGAACCCAUUCUAUGUAUCUCCAAACCAGAUUCGAGCUUUGGAGAAAAGAAAUAAAGCUGGGAAAUUUGCUAAGAAAAUAAAGGCAAAAACAAGAAGAAAGAUGCAUGAACUCUCAAACCCAUUGGAGCCUGAUGAAUUUACAGACAUGUGGAACGAUGAAUGAUAAAAGUCGACCAAAGUUUCUUUUUUGCUAUUGUAAACUUCUAAAUUCACAAAAUCAACACAGUUUUGUCUUUACCACUGCUUUCUUCCCUCCCUCUUAUCUAUCAAAGAGUGAGAUUGCGAAUUUAUCACACAGUUGUCUAAGUAAAGACUGCUAUGUCACGAAGAAGCAAAUCAAUUUUAUUUCUUUAUCGUC